AUGUCGACUGAUGGUGCAGAGAGGUCAGACACACUGGUCAGGGGUAAUUGCGAGAUGGUUGGUAAAACUUUAAUUGCAUUGUUUGACAUUGGAUCAUCACACUCAUUUAUAGCAUUUGAGAAAGCUAGUGAAUUAGGGUUGAAGAUAAAUGUGUUGGCCUAUGAUUUAGAAGUACAUACCCCUACUACUGAAACUGCCGUGACUAGAUUAGGCUGUCAACAAGUUCCAUUCCGAGUUAAACAUCAAAAUUUUGUCCAUGAUCUAAUCGGUUUGCCAAUGACUGACCUCGAUCUCAUUCUGAGAUUGGAUUGGUUAUCAAAGAAUCGUGUUUUGCUCAAUUGUUCUGAACGGUCGUUGCAAUUUAUGUCGGAAUGGUCAGAGAACUGUGGAUGUGAAUGUCAAAGUCUCAUGCUGUUAGCUACAACUGUAUCGGGUAAGGAGCAAAGUUUGAAUCAGAUUUCGGUUGUGAACAUAUUUCCUAAAGUAUUCCUGAAAGACAUUCCUGAAUUUCCUUCUUCUCAAAAAAUCGAGUUCGCGAUUGAGUUGGUGCCUGGGACAAGACCAAUCUUGAUUGCCCCUUACUGA